UUAUUCAAAUGGUUUCUUUUGGAAGUUGUAGUAUUUAUAGAAGAACAGAACCAUUUUCUUGUGGGUUCAAUUCUCAAAUUUCGUAACAUAUAUGGUUCCUUUAAAUGCUUUCAUUCUAAACCUAAUUGGGGUUCCGGUGCUUCAGAUAAAACCCCCAAAUCGGAACCAAAUAGGAAUAACAAUAGGGUAGGAAUUUUUUGGGACUUAGAACCAAACCCAAUUCCACCUUAUGAAGUUGCCAAUAAGCUUAGAAUUGUUGCAUCUUCAUUUGGGGUUGUUAGGCAUAUGGUAGCUUAUGCAAAUAGCCACACUUUCACCAGUGUCCCACACGCUGUUCGGCAGUGGAGGAAAGAGAAGGAGCUGUAUAAUCGAUUGGAGAGCAAGGGCGUCAUCAAGCGAAAUGAGCCUCAUGUAUGCAGGGUUUGUGGGAGAAAGUUUUACACUAAUGAAAAGCUUGUUAACCAUUUCAAGCAGCUACAUGAGAGCGAGCAAAUGAAAAGGGUGAACCAGAUAGCAUCGGCAAAGGGGAACCGGAGGGUGAAGUUGGUGGCAAAGUAUUCGAUGAAGAUGGAGAAGUAUAAGAAGGCUGCAAGGGAUAUUCUUACUCCAAGAGUAGCGUAUGGUUUGGUGGAUGAGCUGAAACGCGCAGGGUUUUUGGUUCAGUCCGUGUUGGAUAAGCCAGAAGCUGCGGAUCAUGCAUUGGAAAGUCACAUGGUGGAUAUGAUGGAUCAUAGGUGGGUUGAAUGCAUAGUACUUGUGUCGGAUGAUUAUGAUUUCGCUAAUGUAAUAAGGGAAGCGAAGCUACGAUGUCUAAAGACAGUUGUCAUCGGGGAUAAUAACGAUGGUGUAUUGAAGAGGAUUGUUGAUACCUCCUUUUCUUGGGAGGAAAUCCUAAUGGGGAAAGCUAGAAAGGAGGCUGUAUCGGUUGUUGAGAACUGGAAGGAUCAUGAUAUUUUGAAAAGGCUAGAGUGGAAAUACAACCCAGAGGUGGAUAAAAGGAAAUAUGGUACGGCUGACGUGGUUAUUGAAGAAUCAGAAGAUGAUAAUAUUGAAGGUGUUUGUGAUGAUGUUGAUGAUGACUAUAAGGAUGAUGGAGGUUCUUGGUGGGAGUUAGAUUCCAAUGAAAAUGUCACAAAUGAACAGGCACGAAAAUCAUAAUUGAAAAUGAGGUACUGCAUGGUGCUUUUUGCAGGCAUUGCAGCUGAAGCUCUUGUUUAUGGUGAGGCAGAGGGGAGAGAAAAUGAUGAAAAUCUAUUCAGAAACAUCUGUCUUCUUUUGGAGCCCCCAUUAUCUUUAGCUGAGGUAUCUCCACAGUGCAAAAUCGACGCCCCUGUUCUGAUGGGUUGUUGCAGCUGCCAACUGGUUUUACUGGUCUGCAUAUAGUUUUCAGAUGCCCCUCUGUUGGACCUUGUAUAGGAUGAAAGAGUGCCAUGCUGCAAACAAAUGAAGACUUUCAGCUUCAGCAAGUGACCUCUUUGUUCACUUCAGUGUUCACACUGAGACAUGAGCCAUUCCAAAAGUUGCACGCCCCGCUGGGUAUAUUAUAUUCUGUUGCAAACAACCUGUAAUUCCCAUAUUGUCAUAUUGAUAUGUUGUUUGUAUAUUAUAUUUAAGCUAGACAAAUUGGUUAUGUUCAAACCUAAACUCCCUAGAAACUGAGCUAGAUUAAUCUUUUUUAUUUUUAUGUUGGCCUACAUUCCCUCCCAAAAAUUCAUUAUUUGAGCUAUGAAUUUAAUUUUAAUUAUGUUUUAUAACUAACUAAUAAUAAAGACUUGAUAUGUUGGCCUA